CGAUCUAUGUUGCGUGUCCAUGAUGGUGACUCGCAAAACGUCUUGAGUGUUCAUUCUAACCUGAAAAACUGAAGUGAUCAAAGGAAAAAUCGUAUUUUUAUUUUGUGUAUCUGUUAGAGAAUAACUGAGUAAAAUGCCGGAAACAAAGGCAGAAACGAAACCAAUCAAAGAUAUUAAGAAUGGAAAAGAAGAUGAGCUGUCAGAGGAAGAUAAACUUCUACAGGAGGAAUUAACUCUGCUCGUGGAGCGCUUGCAGGAUGCCAAUACCAAACUGCACCUUCCUGCCCUGGAAUCCUUGCGUUCGCAUAUUCGUGCAUCGACAACAUCAAUGACAAGUGUUCCAAAGCCACUGAAAUUUAUGCGGCCUCACUAUGAUACUAUGAAGAACAUUUAUGAAACGAUGACUAAUGUCAAAUGUAAGGAGUUGUGCUCCGACAUUAUCUCAGUCCUAGCAAUGACCAUGGGUGAAGGUCGAGAGUGUUUGAAGUAUAAGCUCACAGGUUCAGCAUUAGCGAUUGGUGAAUGGGGACAUGAAUAUGUUAGACAUUUAUCAGGAGAAUUGGCAGGAGAAUGGGAAGCAGGUGACAAUGUCGAGGCAACAAACGAGAAAUUGAUCGCUCUGGUGCAUGAAAUUGUUCCGUAUAAUAUGGCACACAAUGCAGAGACAGAGGCAUGCGAUCUGUUAAUGGAGAUCGAAAGGCUUGACUUGCUAGAACAACAUGUCGACGAAAGUGCGUAUCAACGAGUAUGUCUCUAUCUUACAAGCUGCGUGCCGUAUGUAGCUGAUCCAGAGAAUAGCACUCUUCUUCAUGUCGCUUGUAAAUUAUAUCGAAAAUUCGGACAAUAUCCACAAGCAAUUAGACUGGCAAUGCAAUUAAAUGAUUUACCUCUCAUUGAAUCUAUCUUCACAAAUUGUAGGGAUGGUUCUGUGCAAAAGCAAUUGGCAUACAUGCUGGGUCGCCAGCAGAUCUUUCUGGAGUUACAUGAAGCUACAGUAGAAGAUGACGAUUUAUUCGAAAUAAUGUCCAAUUCCCAUUUAAACAAUCACUUCUUGAACUUGGCACGAGAGUUGGAUAUAAUGGAACCUAAGACACCAGAGGACGUUUACAAAUCCCACCUGGAGAACUCACGACCACCAUUUGGCGGUGGCCAGGUUGACUCGGCGCGACAGAAUCUUGCAGCAAGUUUUGUCAACGGUUUCGUAAACGCCGCGUUUGGUCAUGAUAAGCUGUUAAUUGAGGAUGGCAACAAGUGGCUAUACAAGAACAAGGAACAUGGCAUGUUGAGCGCGACUGCAUCCCUAGGUCUAAUUCUGCUCUGGGAUGUCGACGGCGGUCUCACUCCAAUCGACAAGUAUCUGUACUCGUCAGAAGACUAUAUCAAAUCCGGUGCUUUGUUGGCUUGUGGCAUUGUCAAUUGCGGCGUGAGAAAUGAGUGUGAUCCUGCUUUGGCCCUGCUAUCCGAUUACGUGUUACAUAGCAGCAACACCAUGCGUAUCGGUGCUAUCGUUGGCCUCGGUAUUGCAUACGCCGGAUCUAAUCGAGAAGCCGUACUGAAUCUGCUGACGCCAGUUCUCAGCGACACUAAAUCGAGUUGGGAAGUGCUAGGUAUGACUGGUCUAGCACUAGGAAUGGUCGCUGCUGGCUCCUGCAACGCUUAUGUCACCACCGCGAUCAUGCACACGUUGAUGGACAAAUCGGAGUCUGAUCUCAAGGACACGUAUGCGCGAUUCCUAGCACUCGGUCUGGGAUUGUGUUUCCUGGGAAAGCAGGAGGCUGCAGAAGCGAUCAUAGCGGCUCUGGAGAUUGUUCACGAACCGUUCAGGUCGAUGUCGACGACGUUGGUAGAGGUUUGCGCGUACGCCGGCACGGGGAACGUCCUCAAAAUCCAACACUUGCUGCACAUCUGUUCGGAGCACUACGAACCGAGCAAUGAAAAGGAGGAAAAGAGUGAACGCAAGGAUAAAGAGAAGAAGGAGGAAAAGAAAGAGGAGAAGGAGAAGGAUCUCAGUUCUAGACAGGCUAUCGCUGUUCUUGGUAUCGCUCUGAUCGCAAUGGGAGAGGAGAUCGGCGCCGAGAUGGCUUACAGAACCUUCGGCCAUCUCUUGCGUUAUUGCGAGCCCGUGAUUCGUCGCUCGGUGCCUCUCGCCCUAGGUCUCAUCUCGGUGUCUAAUCCAAAACUAAAUAUCCUGGACACGUUAUCCAAGUUCUCACACGAUAGCGAUCCCGAAGUGGCGCACAACGCGAUAUUCGCCAUGGGUCUGGUCGGUGCCGGUACGAAUAACGCGCGAUUGGCCGCUAUGUUGAGACAACUGGCUCAGUUCCACGCGAAGGAUCCCAAUAAUCUCUUCAUGGUGCGCAUCGCGCAAGGCUUGACGCAUCUAGGUAAAGGCACGCUUACCCUAUCACCCUAUCACAGUGAUAGGCAGCUACUUAGUCCCGUUGCUCUCGCCGGUCUUUUGUCGACUCUGAUCGGUUUCUUGGACGUGAAGAACAUUAUUCUCGGACGCUCACAUUAUCUCUUGUAUACCCUCGCCGCUGCGAUGCAGCCUAGAAUGCUGGUGACAUUCGAUGAGGAAUUGAAUCCGCUAGCUGUACCGGUGAGAGUCGGUCUCGCUGUCGAUGUCGUUGGCCAAGCGGGCAAACCGAAGACUAUCACAGGCUUCCAGACGCAUACCACUCCGGUAUUAUUGGCAUAUGGCGAGAGAGCAGAACUUGCCACCGAGGAAUACAUACCGUUAACGCCGAUUAUGGAGGGUUUUGUAAUUUUAAGAAAAAAUCCAGAUUUUAUACCCUAGUCGUCGUAAUAUUUUUCUUUUCAAUUCACCAACACGGUUCAUAUUGAACUCCACUUAUAAGGAGUAUAAUAAAGCAAAGUAUAAUAAAA